AUGGCAUCAAAAGCGUUCUUGUGUCUCAAGCCCAAAGCCGAAGCAUCGAAGGAAAUCACAUACGGCCUCGCAUACGCUCCUGUGGCUAGAACUCAGCACGGUAGCCCCAAAGGAAAGUUGCAUGGGGGGGACGACGUUCUGAAGCCCAUUCUCGCACUGGAAGAGUCCAACUUUCCGGACUUCAUCGUCAGAGGCAUCAAGGCCCAAGGCGAGCACACUUCGCCCACCUGCAUCGAGGCCCAUUGCUGGUCGAUCGCUCUCUCGGGCGGGAACUUUUUGGCUAAAGCGGAGACAGGUUCACACAAGGCUCUCGCCUACGUCUUGCCCGCCGUCAUCCACGUCAGGCAGCAGUCACCCCUGGAAGAGCGAGGCGGACCCAUCGUUGUUGUGUUGGCACCGACGCCCAAGCUCGCCAAGCAGGUUCACAACGUUGCCUAG